UGCUGAAUUUCAGUCUUUCAACAACACUUGUCGUGGAAACACCUUUAGAAGAUUGUACUUUUGCUCUUGUAUGCGUGCGCUAUCCAAAACAAAAAAUUAACACCCCAGUGUGUGAUUACAUCUCUCGAUUACUUUUUUUUGGAGACUAAUCAGUACGAAAUCUGCUAAUCAGUUUUUAACUACCGUCAAUUUCCUAUAUUGUUCACUAAAAGUCCACCGCUUUUUGGGAAAGCCGAAUGAAACUCGCGAAAAAUCGACAGCCGAUCAUCGACAGCUCUCACGGAUUCGCGUGCAAAAAUUGUGUUUGAUUCGAGAAGAAAAUCGGAAAGUUUUUGAAACCGUUUGCCAUCGGUAGAAAAGUGCGGUGGAAAAGUGAAGCUAAUUGUUGAUGGAUAUUAACUCAUUGAUCUGUGCAGGCUGCUGGAAGUUGUCGAUGCUGUUCCGGUUGCUGCUGGUGGUAUCGACUAGUAAUAGUGGUGGAGAGUUGUUGGAACAUUGUGGUCGCAGAUUGUGGUGAAGGUGUGUUUUUGGAGCGCGGAAGACAGAAAGUACUAUAUUUACUACGAUUUGGCAAGUGCAAGUUUGCAGAGAUUCGAGCAAUAGUAACGGAGGCAAACCAGGCUUGCUAGCUGGCCCCCGACUGUUAAAAGUCUCCACAAAAAACCUGUGAAAUAGUCCCGUUUUUCGGAAAGCUAGGUCCUUCAUGUGGAAUAAUUCUGAAAGUGGCAGUAGCUGAGUUUUCCGGAAAACACCAGAUCCAUUUUCGAAAAAAAAGUUUGAGAUAUUAUUCCGAGAUUCGGUCCAGCGAAUUAGAAAUUUUGUGUGUGACGAACCAAUAAACCAAUCAGAAAUCGCAAAACAAAAUAACGGUGUGGAACAUUUUCGAACAGUGAAGCGAACGAAAUUCAGUGAACGUGAAAGAAGACAGUUUUCACUCUAAUCAACAGUAAUUCAAAUCAAUUGUUGGUUGCAACCGCGUGUGUUUGUACAAUAGGAGCGAACUAAGCCCUCGCGAAAGCAAACGAAAAAAAAAAAUUGUAUAUCGCAUCGCUCGAAAGGAGGAAAAAACUGAGGCACUGAACCGAAUUCACUUCUUCUUUCGUUUCGACCCAAUCCGUUCCGUGGAGCCCACACGUAAUUAUUGCCCUCCGUCUACCCCGGACCCCGGAAUUCUUCCCCGUGUGGCAAUCGGAGUGUAAUUGUGAAAGUACCUUAAACCAGAGACGUGUGUGGUGUGCGCGCUUAGCUUAGUGCAGAGACACAGCGAAUGUGCAAAAGCUAACGAACGACCGAACGAGGUACAGAGACAGAGAAACGACGACGAAAGACUUUGACGAGUGUGUAGAAGCGGAAUAAAAUUUAGGAAAAAAAGUAACGUACAACACAAAACGACGGCGUUGGUGGAAGCACAGAGAGCAGAAAAAAUCGCAAUCGAAAUUUGCCGAAGAAAGCUAGCUAGGAAAACGGAAAAAUUAGUGUUUGGAAGUCGUAGCGAAUGUAAUGUGCUCGAUAAACGCCGCCCCGUAGAGCAGCAGCAGUAUUGGAAAAUUGGUUCGUGCAGGAGCGCGCAAUCGGAAAAUUAAUUAACCCAAACCCCCAGUGAUAAUCGGGCUGUGCAGGAAAUAUAUUUAUUUUUUUUUAUACUUCGUCAGCUAAUAUUUAACGGUUUCGAAAACAAAAGAAACUGUCGAUAGCGAUAGAGAAAAAAAAACUACAAAGCGAAUCUCCCAACUUAUAAAGUAACUGAACUGAAGUUCACGUAAAACGAAGCCAUAUUAGAUAGAGUGUGGAACCGCGCGUACGGUACAUCAACGAACAACUCAACUAGCUAGAGUAAAUAAUAUUUGCGCAAUACUUUGGGAAACACAAUCGACAGCAGCAGCAAUAUGUCAUCGCCGACACCGAGUGAUUCUGCUGGUGAACCGGUCGUCGCCGCUGUGCUAGUGGCACCGGAAUCGUCACCGACGUCAGAGACUUUGGAGGUGGCGCCAGCAAAAGUAGCUGUUGAUACUACAACAACAACUACUGCUAUUUCUGCUGCAAUGGAGCAAGUCGCGAGUGUGGCUAGCGCAAGAAUCGUUGAAAAAGUGGAAAUUGCCACAAUGACUGAUUCACUUCUUCUCAUAGAAAAAUACGACGAAAGUGAAAGUGCUGCACCGGUACCGAGCAGUAAAGCGACCCAGGUUACGAUACAGGAAGUGGAGAAGGAAAGUGGCAGCGCCGCAGAGAUGCCACAACAACAGCAACAGCCGCUAUUGGUACUCGAAGUUCAGGGCAAACCGGCUGAUGAUAUUGUCACCGAAAGUGAGACUGUCGUCAUCAAAGAAAAUGUCCAAGAGCUGAGACUGCUAGAAUUGGAUGAGGCUGUCGAUGCGGAAGAACCAGACACCCUUUCACCCCUAAUGACCGAUAAUCACACAUAUCUGCAGCACCAGGAGAUAAUUAGAGAGGAAGGUGAGUCAAGCCCCCAGCAUCACUAUCAUCAUCACCACCAUCAUCACGGUCACGAUGAGAUCCACGAUUACGAUCUCGAUGACGAAGAGGAGGAAGAUGAUGAUGAUUUGCAUUUGGACGAUGAUGACCACGUUCCGGUGGCCAGCAUGAAACAUUCCGACACGAAAGAUUCGAUUAGUUCUAUCGAUAGUGAUGUGUCUCUUUCGUACGAUAGAAGAAGUUCAACCGAAUCGCAGCAUCCGGCUGAAGAUGCUGGAGCCGGCUCGUCGGAUGACAACGCCAAGGAUUCGGGAUGUGAAAUCACGAAAAAGCUUGACGAAAAUGCACCCAACGAGGACGAAGCCUUCGAGAUCCCCGAUGAUGAUAUGUGUGAGAAAAUUAUCGAACAGGUCGAAUUUUACUUCUCGAACGAUAGCAUACUGAAGGAUGCGUUCCUUUUGAAGCACGUCCGUCGCAACAAGGAAGGAUUCGUAAGCUUGAAGCUGGUCUCAAGCUUCAAACGUGUGAGGCAACUGACUAAAGAUUGGCGCGUUGUCGGUUACGCCAUCAAACGGAAAAGCUGCAAAAUCGAGUUGAACGAUUUGGGUACGAAGAUACGGCGCGUCGAUCCACUUCCGCUAUAUGACGAAACGACGCCAUCCCGAACGGUCGUCGCCACAGGGCUUCCUUGUGAUAAAUACACCGUCGAGAAGGUUUCGGAACUUUUCUCGAAAUGUGGCGAAAUUUCUCUCAUUCGCAUUCUUCGCCCGGGUGGUCCGAUUCCAGCGGACGUUCGUCAGUUCAUUAACAAGCACCCGGAACUGCAGCAGAACGAGUGCGCUCUGAUUGAGUUUACCGAAUCGGCCUCAGCUCGUCGCGCCCAAAACAUGGAAGAGUUCAUCGUACUCGAGCUAGUCGCACCGAAAAAGAAGACUGGCAAAAAGGCCAACGUAACGAAGUUCGUUGAAAAUUACAAAUUCGUGGCGGGCCACGAUAUCGAACGCAGCCGUGGUGGAGAGACGUUCGAUCGUUACAAAAUGCGUCGAGGUUCUUCCGGAUUCUAUCCGAAGCCGGAAAUGCACCACGUCUAUCAACAAAUGGUCGCACAACCUCCGCUACCACAGGAUCAACCAACCAUGCAGCAAAUUGUGCCACUGCAGCCACAUCAACAACCACAACUACAACAGCAACAUCAACCAUUGCAACCGAUGUUCAUACCGCAUUCCCCGCAGCAGAGAAAAUACUCGUGCGGUAACGAAAACUUUGAUUACUUCAAUCGUCGCCCCAGUACUUUCUCGAUGGGAAGCAACGAUCCAACCCGGAAGUACUCCAACUGCUCGGAUGGAUACUCGAGCUGCGGCGAAAUGUCCCGACGCACUUCCCAAUGCUCAUCGGUCGCCGAUAGCAUGUCUCGUCGGGCGUCCAAUUGCUCCGAGGUGCCAUCCCGGCGAUCGUCCAACUGUUCCGAGUUCUGCUCGUGCUCACGUCGGAUCUCUCAGUGCUCGGAUGUGUACCGCCGGAUGUCCCAGUGCUCGGAACACAACAAUGUCCGCAAAUUUUCCGUCGGAUCCAACUAUGAACGCAAGUUUACAAAUUCACCGGAAAUGGGCAUGACGCCGCAGCGUCGCAUCUCCAUGGAGUCCAACUUCGAGCGCAAGUUCUCAACCGGAUCGAUGGGCUUCGAAAGUCCCAACAUUUCACCCCGAAAAUACUCCAACGGAUUCGAUCCGCUGCGGAAGCUGUCCAGCAACUCGGAGUACUACAACGGGCGCCGCAUUUCGACGGAUUCCGGCUACGAUAGGCGCAUUUCGAUCGACUCGGCCUGUUCCACGACCGAGGGACCCCGAUCGCGAUCCGGCAGCGCCGUCCAGAUGCAGUGUCACCAGCACGGACAGGGAGCCGAGGCAGUGGUGCGUACCCCAAUUGGGCCCGACGGCAGCCGAGGAUUCGGUUCCAGAACACGUCGCGUCGGCCAGAUCGUGCCACCGGCCUAGGGCGGGAGCAGUUGUGUUUUUGGUAUGUUCUUGUAAAUUGUUGAAACACGCAGCAGUAGCAACAGCAGCAGCAGCAUCUGAACCUAGCGUAUACGUUGAGCCACUUUUGCUUCUUAGGUUUAAUUUAUUUUGAGACUUAGCGUUUAGAUUUAUACUUAGCCUAGAAAACCGAGCGUGAAUGCGUGCGAUUUUUGAUUUGUUUUAUUUGAGUUGAAUGGAGGUGUGCCAGGUAUGUGUCCCGUUUAGCGCCCACCGCAGAGCAGUCGCAUAGAAUAACUAGCGCGGUUAAUUUGCGGAAUUCACGUGCACGUGCUCGCCCAGAACCUGUCCCGUAGGCGGGACGCAGCCAGGGGAGUCAUACUACUGCCAGACAGAUCGAUCGAGAACGAUUGCGCAAACGGUUCGGUGCGUCUUGUAUCUCGUUUCCAGUCAGUUGCCAUUCUAAACAUAUCGGUUCGAAGGAUGCUAGUUUGGUGGAAUUUCGAUGAUUUUUUCAGCGUUCGCCUUUUAUAGAAAACACUGAAUGAAAAUUAAUGGUAAUUUUAAAAGUUUUUCUUAAAAUAAAUCGAAUAAUUUGAAAUCGAAUUCAAGAAUUUUAAUCGAUUUACCAAGACUUUGAAUACGAUUCAAUAAGUUGAGAUUACACCAAUACUUCAUUUUUUAAAAUUUCGUCUCACAGAAGUCCGUUCCACCAAACUGGCAUCCCCAAAUAAGGGGAGACCCCUUCUCGAGAUAUGUAUGUAGUCUCGUGUCUGCUCAAGUCUGCAGAUAAAAACGUGCCACGCCAGAAGCACUUUGGUACCUAUUGAGAGCGGGAGCGGAUCAGGUUCGACUAGACUUGACUUAAAUCUUGACUUUGCUCAAAUGUGAAGGCAAACAAACCGCGAUCAAGGAGGCAGUGCAGACAGCAUGGCGUGGCACGUGAGCAACAACACGAGAGAAUAAACUGAGCUCAACUACCGAUCGGAUCUCGGACGGAACUAGCUCUCAAGAGAGCGGAACUUUUCCGAAGUCGAGGGUUGUUGUUGUUUUUUUUUCUUCUCUCGCUUUGUUGUUGUGCAUAUUUAUUCAACUUUUCGCGAUCGCAGACACAGAUUGAUGAAUGGGCGCCGCCAUCGUCGCCGCGAUCGUUCGUUGCCUUUUAGAUUUGUUGUUUUUUUUUUCUUUACUCGGAGCGCGUAAACGCAGCGAACGCGGUGAAUGGAUUUCGCUCUCGUUCGCGUGAUCGGAGUUUUUUUUCUUCUUCAAUUCGCAUUCUCGAUCAACACGGUGAAUGGUAGUGGUGCUAGAAGGUGCCCCUAGGGGUUUCGCGGAAUGUGCGAGGAACAUUCUUCUGUGUGAGAUCUUGUUUCGAGCUAACGAACGAAGGAAUGAAUCGGGUGUACUGAACGGGACGACGCUGGCACUGGCAUAAACUUUGCGAACGAAUGCGUGACGAGAAUCUUGAAAGAUUUCUAUUUUUAUUUAGGUUAGGACUCUAUUUUUUGUUUUGUUAUACUUUUUUUCUUCUCUCGCCUGUUACAAUUAUCAUCGACCUUGUAUCUCGUGACAUUGUUUAGUUGUAUAUUUUUUAACGCUGAUAUUUAUUAUUAGUAGAGGUUGGUUCGCGCAUUAUAUGUAUAGUGAAUGGCGAUCACAGAUGAUCGCUGAACGCGGCAACAGCGACAGGAACAUGUGCAUCAUUAUUAUUGUUAAUAUUGUAGCAAUUAUGGUUAUCUUUAUUUUAUUUAAAAUCAUUAUUACGUUCACUAGCUUAAGCAGAUAGGACUAAGAUGUACGGGAUCUGUUAGGGGUUGGUCGUACUGAGCUCGUUUCCCAGGCACGCGAUGGCUUGGACUCGAAUGUUUCAAAACUGUAGCGCAUUUGAUAGGAUCACCGUUCGGACCUUGGGGUGGAUUAAAAUUCUGAAACGGAUAACUCACAAUCACAGCCGUCCCGUUUUUUUGUGAAAAUGUAACUUUCGAUGAUAGACUUUAAUCGUUUUAAACGUGAUGAAAUUAGAGGUUUAGAGUUUUUCAUCUCAGUGAAUGUAAACCACAGUCAAUUUUUGUUAUUUUAUGUUGGUUCAAAGAACUUGUUCAUACACUAACCGGGAAAUUACGAGUUCGGUAAUUUAUUUAACUGACUGAACUUUCACAGUCUGAUCGGUAAAAAUACCGACUUUUUGGUAAACAUAUUCAGAUAUUACCAAAAAUUCUUGAAAAAAAUUACCGAUUGUUUGGUAAUAACAUCGCCCAAUUGGUAACCUUUUAACAGUUUUUUGGUAAUUAUUGCGGUAUUCGGUAAUAUCUUAAAGCUCCAGUUAGUUAUGCAGAUUGUUCACUGAAGAUUUUUGGUAGCAUAUACGAUUUGGACUUUGUAUGAUUAAAGUCACUCGGUUUUUUGAAAAAUUGCUGAACUGAUUAACGUGCUACACUUGUUUAAAAUGCGGAGAAUAAAACCGGUUUCGAUUAUUCCCGUUUACUGUGUACCUUUUUUUUUCUAUAAGUUUAAUGAAGCUUUUCAGACACUUAUACAGAAUUAAGAUUAUUCGAAAUAAUGACCUUGACCUGUUUUUGGACUAACUCUUACCGUACAACACAUGCUAGCUAAUGUUGAGUCUGUUUCACAUAGAAUCUGGUCGGAUAAAAUAGAUCAUUUCUCCGCAAAGAAAUAACAUAACAUUAAAAAUUUCAUUUUGUAGGGUUUUUUAUUUCACUUUAGGAAAAAAAAACCAUAAAAAUCAUUCGUCAGCUUUUCGGAUGAAUUUUUGAACUUUUUUGUGAUACCACCCAUCAUUUUCUGCACAGUACUGCUGGUAACCUCAUUCGCCAUCUUGUUCCACCACUUUUCCAUUUGAGCGGGUUUUUUCAUGGUUCUGCCACAUUUCUCCAGUUUGUCCUUAACUAUUGCCCAAUAUUUCUCGAUAGGACGAAAAUCCGGACAGUUUGGUGGAUUGAUACUUUUUUCAACAAAAUCGAUCUUGUUCUCCUUAAACCACUUAACGACAUCCCGGCUGUAGUGGCCGCUUCCCAGGUCCGGCCAGAACUUCAUCGGACCUUUGUGAGACCGAAUGAAUGGCAAAACUCUCUUCUGGAGACAUUCUUCUUUGUAAACAUUUCCAUUCAUUGUGUCCCCAGUGAUGAAAAUCUUAGUCUACUUCCCACAACUACAGAUCCCUUGCCAAAUUAUCAACUUACGAGCAAAUUUAUCUGCGAAAACAAACUUGAAUCUACCCGCAACAUUCCCUUUACGCUUCGCAUGGUAAAAUUUGUUACCGGGUAUUUGUCCAAAAUCCAUUUCGACGUAAGUUUCGUCGUCCAUUAAAAUGCAUCCGUUGUACUUGGUCAACACUUUCUCGUACAACUUCCUUGCCCUGGCUUUGCCAACCAGGUUUUGUUUCAGCGUCCUGUUGGGGUGUUUGUUUGCAUGAUACGACCGCAAGCCUUCUCUCAAACAAAUUCGUCGAGCUGUACUGUGGUUCGUCUUGAACUUUUUCGCCAAAUCACGCAAGGAGAUUCCAGGAUUAUUGAGAACUGAUCGAAUUACCUUUGCUCGCAGCUUCCGGCCAUAUGUUCCACUUUUACGCCUGGUUUGUUUUGCUCGAUCCACCGAAAGGGUCUCCCGGAAACGUUGCAGCACCGGAUUUACAGUCGAUUUAGGAUAUUUCAGGAAUUUCGCGAUCUUUACCCCUGAGCACGUCGGUUUCUCUACGUGAGUGUGCAGAAUUUUCUCUCGCCUUUCGCGUUCCAUCGUCGAUAACUUUUGACUGACUGCUUCAAUCUUGAUGAAAUUUUCACCACUUAGUAAACAAACCAUCCGAAUUAAAACACUGUCAACAGAUUCGCGACGUGACGACUAGGGGCGCUGCAGUAAAUGAAAAGAUGCGACCAGAUUCUAUGUGAAACAGACUUCAAAAAUAGAGUGUCCGUCCCGGGAUUUCCCGGGUAUUCGAAAAAUUCGGGAAUUCCCGAUUCCCGGGAAUCGUAGUUUCAUUCCCGGGAAUUCCCGACAACCUGUAUGAAAUUAUUUCUCUGGAAAAAUCUGAAAGCCUCCGGAAUUAUUUUUAUCGUCCUUUUUGAGAAUGUAGUCAUACAAAACCUAUUGAAAAUAUGGCGAUUCCUGUGGCAGUAGACAUUUUGAAGCCAUUUGGUGCAUUUUUUUUUAUUCAAAUAGAUAAGUUUGAAAAGAUUAUAUGUAUUUCCACACUGUAUUCAUUGAACAAAAACCCACAAAACUUCGAAAAAUAUAUGAAAAAUCGCAAUCUCGAAAGUAACAUUCAUGCACUUGUUUCCCAUUGGCUUUGAAAGCCAGAUGAAUUUCAAAACCUCAAAAUGAAGAAUAUAUCGUUUUUUUAAAUGAAGAGGCAAUAUGAAAAGUGUUCAGAAAAAGAAAAAUGGUUGGAGUAAUGAAACAAAUAAAAACAUAUUUUUUUAUCAACCUCUAAUUGCAUGAAUGAACUCUUAAUUUGACUUAUUCAGGUUAUUUUAAAGUUCGUUAAACUGUUUUUAAUUUAUCAUUGUUGAAAACUGUUUGAUUUGUUUGAUUAAAAAUAAGUUAAAAAACAUUAUGAAGAGUACAUUUUGAACAAAUUAUGGGCUUGAAUGCACGAAAGGUUCGAUAUGCUAUGUAUAUUUGAAUCGAAGUGCAUAUAUUUUACAUGUUCUUGAAUAUUUCCCGGGAUCACGGGAAUUCCCGGGAAACAGGCCACCAGAUUUCCCGAUUCCCGGGAAUGGGAAAGUGGCCGGGAAAUGGACACUCUAUUCAAAAAGGAGCAUGGUUUUCAAAUUUCAACGGUUGCAAGCCUGAGAUAAACGGAAUCAUAUAGAUAAGUUCAUCUUCCUUGAGCUUUCCAUUUUGACCCGGAAUCAAUUUUUGAGUUUUGAAUCGGCAGCACGAGACAUGAUCACAGCCUGCUAUGAGGCCAAAUAACCAAAUUUUUUUAGGCGCAUUCUCUUUUAGGGAUGAAUCAUCCUGGGAUGUGAAAAUUCGGGAAAAAAGGCGCGUUCUCUUCAGUUGAAAUUUUAGACCUUGAAACUGUUCGAAAUCUAUUUUAUGUUUAAGAUUUUCGUAUAACUUCUUGGUACAACUUUUGGUCAAACGAAGAAUUUUUGUACGUUCAUAGAGAUGUUCGUAAGCUGAAAUGUAAAGGUUUGAUUAAUUUCAUUUUAAGAAUUUUGCAAAGACUCGAUAACCACUUAAGAAACGAAAUAUGAACUAACGGGACGGCUAUCAUUUGUCAAAUUAAAAAUUUCCUGACAAUCGCAAAAACGGAAAAUGAGUCACAAGCCAUGUCGUUCAAUUUACUAAAACAUGAGCUUGUAUAACGUGAGUUCAACGGCAUUUUCCAACUCCGAAAUUCAUUCUCAAUUAAUUGACCAGAAAUACAUUUCCGAUGAGCUCCGAUUGUCAUCGUUAUAUGACAAACCAAAACAACAACAUCA